GGAGGGAGGAGGCGGUUGCGGCGGCCCGGCGGCAGGGGCUGGAGCGGGACCAGUUCCCGCAGCGAGCGAGCCCUGGAGGUGCAGUGUCCGGGUGUCCUUGGAUCGCGAGGUGCCAAUGAGCAAGGUGGUGGCGCUGAUUGCAGACCUGGGCUGCAGGUGUGAGUUCUGGAGAGCUCUGUGAUUACCCAGUGAAAACAUUACCAGUAAAUCAUAAGCUGUAACCAUGACCACUGAAGUAGGCUCCACUUCUGAAGUGAAGAAAGAACCUGAACAAUUAGGAGCAGACACAGAUACAACCAAGGAGAAGACGAAAGAAGUAGCAGAAAAUCAGCAGAAUCAGUCCUCCGAUCCAGAGGAGGAAAAAGGUUCCCAGUCAUCUCCUACAGCUGAAAGCCAAAGUAGUCCACACCGCCAGAAGAGAGAGAAGGAUCCAUCGGAGAGCAGGGGAAUUUCUCGAUUCAUACCCCCAUGGCUUAAGAAACAAAAGUCCUAUACCUUAGUAGUGGCCAAAGAUGGAGGAGAUAAAAAAGAGCCUACCCAAGCUGUUGCUGAGGAGAUUUUAGAUAAAGAAGAAUCUCUUCCUGAAGGAGAGAGGCAGGCCAAGGGUGAUGCCGAAGAAACCGCUCAGAGGAAACAACAGGAGAUUAAAGUUGAUGUCAAGGAAGAGAAACCAGUGAGCGGUCCUGCGGCACAGCCUGCUGAUGAAGUAAGUAAGGAGAGAGAAGAGAAGGCUAAAGAAAUACAGGAAGACAAAUCAGAAGAAGCAAAAAGGGAGACCAAGGAAGUGCAGACCAAUGAGCUAAAGUCAGAGAAGGCUUCUCAGAAAGCCACCAAGAAGACCAAAACUGUCCAGUGUAAAGUGACCCUCCUAGAUGGCACCGAGUACAGCUGUGACCUGGAGAAAUGUGCGAAGGGACAAGUGUUAUUUGACAAAGUGUGCGAACAUCUCAAUCUCUUGGAAAAGGACUAUUUUGGACUUUUAUUUCAGGAAAGCCCUGAACAGAAAAACUGGCUAGAUCCUGCAAAAGAAAUAAAGAGACAGCUACGAAAUCCUCCUUGGCUGUUCACCUUUAAUGUGAAGUUUUAUCCUCCUGAUCCUUCUCAGUUGACUGAAGAUAUCACCAGAUACUUCUUGUGCCUUCAGCUCCGGCAGGACAUUGCCUCCGGCCGCCUGCCCUGCUCAUUUGUGACUCAUGCCCUCCUGGGAUCCUACACGCUGCAGGCUGAACUUGGGGACUAUGAUCCAGAAGAACAUGGCAGCAGUGACCUCAGUGACUUCCAGUUUGCCCCCACACAGACGAAGGAGCUGGAAGAGAAGGUGGCAGAGCUGCAUAAAACCCACAGGGGCUUAUCUCCAGCACAAGCUGAUUCUCAGUUCUUAGAAAAUGCAAAGAGGCUCUCCAUGUAUGGCGUUGACCUACAUCAUGCCAAGGACUCGGAAGGCGUGGACAUCAAGCUGGGUGUGUGCGCUAACGGGCUUCUCAUUUACAAAGACAGACUGAGAAUCAAUCGUUUUGCUUGGCCGAAAAUCUUGAAAAUUUCCUAUAAGCGCAGUAACUUCUACAUUAAAGUUAGGCCAGCAGAGCUCGAACAAUUUGAGAGCACCAUUGGAUUCAAACUGCCAAACCAUCGGGCAGCAAAAAGGCUAUGGAAAGUGUGCGUGGAACAUCAUACUUUCUACAGGCUUGUGUCUCCAGAGCAGCCACCAAAGGCCAAGUUCCUGACCCUGGGGUCCAAAUUCCGCUACAGCGGCCGCACCCAAGCCCAGACCCGCCAGGCAAGCACCCUCAUUGACAGGCCAGCGCCACACUUUGAGCGUACCUCUAGCAAACGGGUCUCCAGGAGUCUAGAUGGAGCUCCAGUUGGUGUUGUUGAUGAAAGUCUUAUGAAGGAUUUUCCUGGCCCUGCUGGGGAGGUUUCAGCAUAUGGCCCCGGAGCUGUCAGCACCGCCAUGGUACAGGAUGGGGAUGGCAGAAGGGACCUCAGGAGCCCGACUAAAGUCCCACAUGUGCAAUUCGUUGAAGGAAAGAAGAAUUCCUUGAGAGUAGAAGGGGAUAAUAUUUAUGUCAGACAUAGCAAUUUAAUGUUGGAGGACCUCGAUAAGGCCCAGGAGGACAUACUGAGACAUCAGGCUAGCAUUAGUGAACUCAAGCGCAAUUUUAUGGAAUCCACACCUGAGCCGCGCCCUAAUGAAUGGGAAAAACGACGUAUCACACCUCUGUCCCUACAGACACAAGGGAGCAAAGGAGACCAUCUUUUCAAGGAUAUUUUAUCCGUGAAGGAGAAGCAUCAGAGAGCGGCAACACGGACAGUUGAAGAAAAAGUCCAGGAAGCAGACAAGAAACGCGCUCCCGAGUCAGAAGGGCCUUGCACUGGAGCCAGUGAUGCUGCUAAGAGUUCACAUGAGACUCUGAAUGUAGUGGAGGAGAAGCAGCAGGCAGAGGUUGGGAAAGACGAAAGAGUAAUCACAGAAGAAAUGAACGGUAAAGAGCUAUCACCUGGGAGUGGUCCUGGGGAGACCCGUAAGGUGGAGCCUCUGACGCAGAAAGACUCCACCUCCCUGUCUUCUGAGAGCAGCAGCGGCAGCGAGAGCGAGGAGGAGGAAGACGUGGGCGAGUACCGGCCCCACCACCGUGUGACCCAGGGCACCAUAAGGGAAGAGCAGGAGGAGUAUGACGAAGAGGUGGAGGAAGAAGCCGGCCGAGCAGCCAAGGUAGUAGAGAGGGAGGAAGCAGUGCCAGAAGCCAGCCCAGGCAGACAAGCAGGUGCCAGUGUAAGCGCAGUAGAAACAGUGAUCCGGGAGAAGGUAGUGGCCCCAAAGCUAUCUGCAGAGAAGAGUGUAAACGAAGGCGCUAUUAAGCAAGACAUGAGCGAAGAAACAGAGGACGAGCAGCAUAAAGUUAACGGAGAGGUGUCUCAUGUUGACAUUGAUGUGUUGCCACAAAUUAUUUGUUGUUCCGAGCCACCAGUGGUAAAAACAGAGAUGGUAACAAUUUCUGAUGCCUCACAAAGGACAGAAAUCUCCACCAAGGAAGUCCCUAUUGUCCAAACUGAGACCAAAACCAUCACAUAUGAGUCUCCACAGAUUGAUGGCGGGGCUGGUGGUGACUCGGGGACGUUACUGACGGCACAGACCAUCACAUCUGAGUCCGUGUCGACGACGACGACAACACACAUCACCAAGACUGUGAAAGGUGGAAUAUCUGAAACAAGAAUUGAGAAACGCAUCGUGAUCACAGGAGAUGCGGACAUCGAUCAUGACCAGGCGCUGGCCCAGGCCAUCAGGGAAGCCAGAGAGCAGCACCCCGACAUGUCGGUCACAAGAGUGGUGGUGCACAAAGAGACUGAGUUGGAGGAAGGGGAAGAGUAAGUAAGAAAUGCAUUUUUUUAAACAACAUUCAACUUUGUGAACCUGAAGAAUUUUGACCAUUCCAAGUCUUAAUGCCACACCACUACUCCAGCGAAUUUAUACUACGACUGGUAACCAUGACCAGGAGCCGGAAGAAUUAAAAUGCCAACGACCAAACCUUACCUUAACAGCUCUGGUCUAUACUGUUCCCUCUUAUUUUAAUACAUUAUUUUGUUUUAUAACCACUUCUAAAUAUUCUUUUUUUUUCUUAAUUAGGGAGUUUUGUUUUUGUUUUCCCGUUUGCUUUGUGUACAACUACCUGCUUUUUAAUCGCUCAUUUUGAUCAAAUGAUAGUGAACAAAGCCAGCCCAAGCUGGUAAGGUGCCGUUCACUUGAACAGGUGCUGUUGUGCAGAAAGGAAACUCAGUGACUAAUUUCAAUAGCGGCUUUCCUAUCUUCCAGAUUCUUCCCAUUGAAUUCUCACAGGAAAUAUUUACAGAUUUUCAGAUGCAGUCAAUAUACUGUACGAGGAAAUAUUAAUACAGAUUAGAAGCAUUUCUUACAUCUUGAAAAUUUUCUAAUGUUUGAGAAUUUCACUGGGGAUAUUUUUUAUAUUGAACCCUGUUGACUUUCCAGUCCUCUGACUUUGGGCCAGAAAAGUAAAAAGUCAGAGAAUGUCCAGACUGGAGAAUUACCAACAAGUUCACUGACCACGCACUGUGUUGAGAGACCCUGUCGCACCACAGUGCCAAUGCUUCUCAGACACGUGCUCUUUGGCAGCAUUCCAGAAACAGGAGGGAGGAAGAAGAGAAAAUGGUGGCUUCCCUUCUGCUAAAAUAUGCAGGCAGCUUAAAACCUUAGUGCUUUCUUUCUUAACAUGUCCAAAUUUCAGUACUUUCCAUUAUUUGAACACACUUGUGUAGAACGCUUGCUUUGUAUUAAACCUCCUUGUCUACUUGUAAAACUGACCUUUUGUUAUGGAGCAGGUAUGUCUCUUUCAGACAGUUGGAUGAUUCACAUGAGGUUGAGGACACCAGGGAGAGAAGCAGGGGCUGUGGUGGUUUUUUGAUGGUUGUGAGGAAGCUAGACCAUUUACCAGCACACACCAGAGACCUGAUAGGGACCUAUUAACUGUAUUGAACGUUUUUUUCCUUUGCUUUUGACCCUAUGUAUAGUUAUGAUGCCAGAUUAGAUUUAUAGCAGCUUCAAGUUGUAUUAAAUGGUAUUUUGCUUUCUGUAAUACUGUUAUAAAAUAAAGUUUGUUUAUUCUCUGAA